CAGGUCUAUAAUACUCAAAGGGCGGGGCUUCACUGCCAGCUGGCAGACGAUCGCCGACUAUUAUUACGCGACGUAAAGUAGAUCCGCACGUUUUUCUACUAUUUCUAAGUUAUUUCAAGCAAUACUGAUAUACUUUUUCGGGUUAGGUUUGAGAAAAUUGUUUUACAAAAGACAGUCGAUAGUGAAUUAUCGUAGAAACGCAUUUAGAGAAAAGACGCUUCCAAUGUAUCGGCGUAUCCCGCCAAUGAUCGGCGUCAACCUGGUCUCAGCUGUUUCCCGCCAAACGCCACCGCCAGAAAACCGCUGUGAGGCGUAGUGUGUGUACGUGUUCCCGCGCUCCAGCGUACUAUCAUCAUCGGAUACCUUGUGAUUACCCGAAAUAUCGUAAGUACUGUCGCCGGUGAUCAUUUCGUAAUUCCUACGUAAGACAUGUCGGUGUACGUGAAAAGUGAGGACAGAAUCGUGUUCGACGAGAGUGGAGACGAGAAGAACGAAAUAAUCGCCAGCAUUUCCAGUGGUUUGCUCGAUUUAAAAAUGGCGACAUGUCGUUUGAUGACAAACCUCGCUCUGGACGUCCAUAAACUACCCGAAUCGACGAAAAUGUUGAAAAAAUUCGAGAGCUUGUGCUAUUUGGAGGUUUUAAGUCGAUUGCGAAAAAACGCAUUCGUCGCGAGAUCGCGAACAGCAACGAACGCAGACGAAUGCAGAGCAUCAACAACGGAUUCCAGUCAUUGA